GUGGUACCUAUGUCUUUCUCAUGGGAAGCAUUUGCAAGGAUUUGGGCAUGUUUGUGCUUUGGGCUUUUUGCUGGGUUGGAGGUUUAGAUUACUUAUACGGUUGUUUUAUUACUAGAUCUAGAAUUUGGGCGGCUGAUCUGUCGUGAGAGCAAGUCAAUGAACUGCGAGAUAUGUAGUAGAGAAUGACCGUUGAAUAGAUUGUCGGCGCGGUAUGGCGCUGCUGUCCGUGGUGUCUUAACAGAUGAUGUGUUGGUUGCGACUUUCGGCCGCUUGUACGGAUUACCCAAGUAGGUAACUAGGUAGGUAGGUACACCGCGCACCGACACGGCAUGAAACGACGAGCCUCCGCAACAGAAGACAUAUACCUAAGGCUCGGCGAACCAAGUACCGGCCAUCACAAAGCCACGUUAGCUACAGUCCGCGCCCGCGAUAAGGCCUGCAGACCCGCAGGCCGCAGGCCGCAGCGGUGGUGGUGGCGCAAGGCGUGGGGGCGGAAAGAGCUUGCCCUAUCACGCCUGCAUGCAUGCAUGACAACAGCCCGUGCCCCUCGGCUUGCAACCCACGGCCUGGGGAUCCACAGCCCACAAUAUGCAGCCUACGUCUUGCGUCCUCCGGCCUCUGCGGCCUGGUUGCCUAGCGGAAGGGCCAAGUGCGCUGGCGCCGGCUUAUUCUCAGCCUCAUUGCGGGUUAUAAGACGCGCGGGGCGAGGCUGGCUGCGCGCGCGCUUGUCUGCCUGUUUGCUUGCCUGUCUGGCUGUCUGUCUGUCUGAUUGCUUGCUUACUCACACAUCUUUUUUUUUUGUCGCACGACUUGAGGCUGUUUUGGUCUUAAGCUUGGUCUUGGUCUUGUCUUGGAGCCUUUUGAGGUGUGAUAUAAGUUGUCUUGCUGUUCGGUUUCUUUAACUACGACGACGACGACGACGACGACGACGACGGAAACGCGAGUGACGAGUGGGCAUAUCAUGGCGGCGGUUCAGGACGCUGGGCUGGAGAGAGUUGUGGAUGGGCCGGAGAUGGAACAGGAGCGCGAGGUCCUGGUGGUGCAGGAAAAAGAGCUGGAGCAAAAGUACGAGGAAAAGCGCGAAGAUGC